AUGUCCGGCAGAGACGCCAUCGUGGCCAUCAUCAUCUGUCUUCUCGCAGUCAUUACCGCCGUCGUCGUCUUCCACAAGAAGAUUAUCAAGUUCCUCGCGCUGUGGAUGGCCGACGCGAAGAACGCCGCAGCUGCCGUCAAGGAAUCCAAAUCUUCGUCCUCUGACAUCGACCUCGAGGCCGCGAAGUCUGAACCAUCUGCCAGAUCCGAGGCCAGAUCGGGAUCGAACAAGUCUGACGAUAGAUGCGACACUGCUUCAUCGGCGUCUUCAGGACCGGACCUUCACGUCCGGACCAUCCUCUAA